CGAUGAGCCGGCUGCUGUGCUGCCUGCGCGCGCGCCGGUGCGACAUGGGCGCCGCGCUCUCGCACCCCCAGGAGGGAGAUGCUUGUGACGGCGUGCUGGCGUCCCCGCCCACCAUGGCUGACGUCAUACGGGAGCGCAAGAAGAAGGCCGGUGGCGCGGGGCUCGGCACUCUGCGACGUCGCCUCGCAGCCGCCGCUCGGAGGCCUCGCGACGCCCGUCCUGACCGAGGGUGCGAGCACGCGCGCUUCAUCCGCGCGGUGGUGGGCCCGUGGCGGCUGGCGGAGGUGUUCCUGCUGUGCGAGGAGCUGGAGGCGGGCGCGGCGCUCCGCGACCUCGCCACGCAGGCAGAGCUGGCGCGCGAGCCCGCGCCCGCGUUGCACGCCGACCUGGCGGCGCUGUACCGCGACCGGUGGUGGUGCGACGUGGAGGUGGUGGGCGCGGGCUGGUCGCUGCCGGCGCACCGGGUGAUCCUCGCCGCCCGCUGCAGCUACUUCCGCGACCUCCUGCAGCGGUACCCCAAUUGCGUUCGCGUGCCGCUGGAGGGCGCGGGCGGCUCGUUGUCGCGCGUGGAGGCGGACGCCGUGCUUCUGACACUGUACGCGGGUUCGGCCGCGCCUCGCUUAGCCACCUGCGACACUUGCGCCGGCUGGGAGCGGGGCAGGAACGCUGACGUUGAUCUGGACAUCAUCAGCGUCGAGAACAGCACGCUGCGGCGCGGAUGCUCGUGCGGCGUGGCGACGCGCGUGGACGCGGCGCGACUUCGGCGCCUGGGAGACGCACUGGGCUUCUGCGUGGACGCGCUACACCGCGACAUGCGGUACCUGCUGGACUCCGGCGAGCUGUGCGACGCGCGACUGUCGUGGGCGGAGGGCGCGGCGGCCAGCUCGUACGGGUUCCGCAGCGCGCUCGAGCUGCCCUGCCACCGGCUCCUGCUCGCGGCCAGGUCGCGUUUCUUCAGGAGCGUGAUGUCGCGUCGUUGCGGCGUGGCGGGCACCAGCGCUGGCGCGGUGUGCGUUGACGAGAAGGUGCUGCCGAGGAGGUUCGCGCGCGCGUUACUGCACGCGGCGUACACAGACCAGGUGGACCUGAGCCUCAUCAGCAGGAGCUCCUCAUCACCGUCGUCCACCACCAGCGCGGGCAGCGGCGGAACGUUACGAGGCAGUGUAUCGCGCGGUUCGGCGGCGGCCAUGUUGGACGACGCGUUCCAGCUCUACGAGAUCGCAAGGUUCCUGGAGAUGCCGAUAGUGGCGCAGGGCUGCGAGGACGCGGCCGCGCGGGCGCUGUCCGCGGACACACUGCCGCGCGUGCUCCGCUGGGCAUGCGCGCCGCACGCCAGCGCCUGGCUGCACCGGCAGGCGAUGCGGUUCUUGCGCGACGAGUUCCCCGCCAUCAUGGGCUCUGCGGCGGCCGCGCGGUUGCCGCGCGCGUCGCUGGCCGCAGCGUUGGCGUCGCCCUUCCUACAGGCCAGCGAGGCGCAGGCGUUGCGCGGCGUGCUGCGCUGGGCGGAGCGCGCGGUCCAACCGCAGCCGCAACCGCACGCGACAGAGCCCAACGUGGUGUGGCACACGACACAGUCUGCGCGGAGGGCGGCGCGGGCCCGCGGGCGUAGGGCUCCGGCGGACGCGGCGCUGCGUGAGACCGUGGCGGCGCUGGUGCCGCUUCUGCGGUUGGAGCACCUGCCGCCGGACUGCGACGUGCUCCAGCAGUCCAUCAGGCGGGGCAUCAUCACGGCGCCCCCGCACUUGGACCAGGGCUCCUCCGCCGACGCGUGGCUCGGCCGGGGGGCGUUUCGAUCCCCGAGGUGUUUCCUGCCGUACCUUGAUGAGAUCAAGGCGCUGCUGGAAGACCAGGCGGUGCCGGAAGCGGAAAUGGCGCGCGCGCGGCGCCAGCGGUACGCGCACCGCAUCCCCGACACGCUGUACAUGGUGGCGGCGGCCAAGUGCGCGCACGCCGCGCCCAGCGACGGCGAUGGCGAGGCUGUGAGCACGGAGGGCGUGCGUGCGUGCGUGUCCGCGCGCGUACUUUGCGCACUGCGCGCAAGAGUCGCCGAACUGCGCGCGUCCCCGCCUGCGGCUCGUGCGCUCGCACUGCACGCGGCCGACACGCGCACCGUGCGGCGACAGAUAGCCCUGCGGGCGGUACGCGAGCGCUCGCUGCCGGACGCGUGCGCGGAGUUGCUGCUCGCGGAGCGCGACACCCCGGACGACAGGGAUGACGAGUGGGACCGCCGGGCGGGCGCGAACAGCUCGGCGCGGAGUGACCUCGACGAAGACUGCUGCCGGUCCGGGUCCGGGUCUCUUCGCUGUGCGUCCGGUAGUGUGUCAACGCACGCGUCCUUGGAGAGCGCGCGCGCGGGCGGACGUCGAGAGUUACCGCAGCGGCCGUUGGACGCUCCGCACAGGGCGGGCAGUUUCGCGCGCGCCGGGCGGCUGUCGGCCGCGGUGCCGGACGUGGCGAUGGCGCCCAACGCCAACACGCACCUGCUGACCGCGCGCGACUACCCGCAGCCGCCCGCCGCGCCGCACCCGCAACCGCGCCUGCCUGCACGCGUUCCUGAGCUGGGUGCUGUACUGCAGUUGGACCUGGGCGAUGGAGCCACGCACACCCCGAGACCCGGUGAGUGCUAUUCUGUGACGUCGGUAACUGACAGAUGGUAUUACCCCGUGACGCGGUAUGACAGUCUGACAAUAAAUAACACUGUGAACACAUUAGGUCACUCUCACAUUGUAGGAUUCUGUGACUCGAUAGGCUCGCGGGCGUCGCGCGCGCUCGGCGGGCGCGGUCGCGAGGCGUCGCAGGUGAUGUCGUGCGUGCGGCGCGCCGACGACGACGAGCUGCGGGCCGCCAUCGAGCUGUCCGUCAUACGCGCGUACUCUUCGCUGCAGGUGGCGAGACGGGGCGCGUCGCACGUGGCCGACCUACUUCCACCGCCUGAUUUCGCCGUGCACCGGAGUCGCGCCACUCCCAGCCCCUCGGCCCCUGCGACCAGCAACAACGUGACCAACGUCGUGACCAACGCUGUACCCGCUCGCCGCAGGGAACGACCGCAGUUGGCGGCGGCGACUGCGGAGCGGAGGGCGGCUCCUGGUGCCAGCGCCGCGGGGGCGCAGGCCCGCGGCGCCGCCAGCCGGAGCCCUAGCCCGCGCCGGAGCCCCUACCCGCUGUACACGCUGUACGCGCACCGGGACUACAGGUCCGGCUCGGAACCGCGCAGCCGCGCGCACAGCCCCGCCUACGCGUGACGUCACCCGCAGCCCCCCCACCACAUGGGGGGGAGCGGGCCGGAGCGUUCGUAGCGAGAAGGCGUGAAGCGAUACGAAGCGAAGCGAUGAUCUCACACACACACAAACACACGCGUACCCGCUACACUGUGCCCACACACAAUCAUAAUUAAAAAAAAAAAUCCUAAUCCUAAGUUCAUCAAUGUCCCACUGCUGGGAAAAGGCCUUAAAGCACAGACCCAUCACGCUGCUUCAAUGCUGUUGAGUGGGCUUUACAAACGUAAUAAGGCUUAACGUGCUAACCUAAAGACUAUUUUUGCUUGUCUUAUAAUAUAAACGUACUUAUAAUUACUUUUUAGUGUAAAUUUAUUUUCACAU